AUGAAGGUCGCGGUGGUGGUCUCGGUUUUUGCUCUCCUGGCUGAGCCAUUCGCGUCAGCUGAAUCUAGCCUCGAGUUCUGUGCUUCGGUCAACACAGGGUCUUCCUUCAAAGAAGUCUCCGACAUAUUUCAAUCAAAUGGAGCAUGUAUAACUACUUGCGCCAAUUACGCUCUAGGUAUCUUACAAGGGAAGAAAUGCUGGUGCUCAAACGUUGCUCCAUCUAAGGGAUCACAAUCCGAUACCUCUGAUUGUAAUGCUUCCUGUCCUGGUUAUCCCUCAGACAGUUGUGGAAGUGCAUCCAAAGGGGUGUUCGCCUACGUGAAAAUUCCCAACAACGAUGUGACUAGCACAGCCGGUGGUUCAACAAGCUCAACAACCACUUCGUCAUCAUCGUCAUCAACAACAACCUCAACCUCAACCUCAACCUCGUCAACUUCGUCGGAGGAUAAAACAACCUCUACCUCUCAUACUGUCUCAGUGCAGACCAACUCUGGUGGUGAAGUCAGGACAGUCACUGUUGCUGCUUCAAGUCCGACCGACACUAGCGCUGAUUCCACAUCAGCUAGCACUAGCGCUUCCGGCAGCUCGAAAUUGAGUGGAGGUUCAAUUGCAGGCAUUGUCAUUGGUGUUAUUGGCGGACUCGCCCUGAUUGGUGCUCUCAUCUUCAUGAUUCUCUUCUACCGCAAACGCGCCCGUGCCGUCAGCCCCAUCCCAAGCCAGGAAAUGACCGACGACAGAGCCAGCAGAGGAUCGAGCUUCAUGGGAGGCCUCUUCCCACGAGGCAAUGGAGACGGCGGUGCUGGUGCUGUUCCCGCACGGUCGGCCACAACAUUCACCGAUCGGCGAAUGAAGACCAACACCGCUCUGUACCCCAACGGUGCUCGGGACAGCAGUGUUUCGCUGCAAGACAACGAAGACUACUCGCGUCCUGUUCUUCGGCUUACCAACCCCGACUAA